AUGGCUUGCUUCCGUGUGAUCCUAUACCUUUCAGUAAUCUUUUUCGUUCAGUGCGUUUUUGCCGCACCUAAAGGUAUCACCAAGGUUGCGCCGGAGAACCACAAUUUUUUCGGUCGUAUCACAUCUUAUGCUCAUCCUAAGGAUGUUCCUGACCCGGUGCCCAUGUACCAACAAUUUGCCGCCCUCGCACAGCAGUCCAACUGCCAUAACUAUCAUAUUAACAUUAGUGUUGGUGAUGCGACGCUCUUAUACAGUUGGGGCGACAAUGACAGGAACCAGCGCUUGCAACUUUUCCACUCCAAGUCCCUGGGUAUUGUGGCCUCCUGGGCGGGAAUGAAUCCUACGAAAAUCAAUUCUAUCUUGGGUGCCGCCGAUGUAUUUCUUGUCGAUGUGGACAGGCGCUAUUUCCCACAUGCUGAGAAGGGUGCUAAGCUUUACAAGGGCUUCCAGGAUGCAUACAAGCGUGUCGCGCCCACGUUUAUUAAGGAGCUUCAAUACUACCAGGAGUUAUAUAAUGAAGAUCGCGUGUCUCUUACCGGACUCUCCUACGGUGCAGCUCUCGCCAACAUUGCGCUUCUGCAUGUGAAGAAAAAUUUGAAGCGUGGCUCAAUCUACCGAACCGUCGCUUUUGGUCUUCCCCGUGUGGGCAACCAAGAGUGGGCUAACUCUAUUGACAAACACGCGGACGGAAAGUUCUUCUAUGUUGCUAAUGGAAACGAUCUGGUUGUUCGUGCCCCUCCACGAGAACUUGGUUAUCAGCAUCCAUCUGGUCAAAUUUGGAUCAACCCUUCGAACUCAAGUAAAUGGAAGUUUUACCCAGGACAGGAAAACGUUCAUGGAGCCAAUUCUGAGUUCGGCUACAGCAUCCCUGAUCACACUGGUGUGUAUUUCCGCACUGAGAUUGCGUCUCUUUGGGGUCACUGUCCUGCCACAGUUGGAAAGGAUUGA